ACUGCCUGUGUGAAAGGAUCUAUCGCACAAAGGAGCAGCAGCGAGAAUUGCGUGACCAUGUAGUGAAGUUCCAUGAAUGUGUGGAGGAGAUGGAGCUCUACUGUGGCAUGUGUGGAGAGUCCAUUGGGGAGAAGAACAACCAGCUCCAGGCACUACCUUGCUCCCACUUCUUCCACUUGAAGUGCCUCCAGACCAACGGGACCCGCGGCUGCCCCAACUGCCGCCGCUUGUCGGUGAAGCCCGGCUACGUCUGAGCGCCGCGGGCUCGGCCGGGGACUCACGGAGCCGCUCCCGGGCCCCUCGGGCUGUGCCUGGCGGGGCGUCCUCGGCCUCCCCUGCGCGGGGUCGGCUCGGGCUCGCGGCCCGGCCCCGCUCCCCUCCCCCUCGCUGCUGUGUACGGGCACUGACUGUAAUAAAGCGUUUCUGUGGGAGACCGCCCCGUCUGCCUCCAGCGCCGGGCUCCGAGCGCCGCCCGCGCCCCGCCCCGCCAUGGCGGCACCGCCGCCAUCACUCAGCAGCUUUGGGGGCGGCACGUGACCCGUCGGCCGCUCCCCGCCCCGCCGGCAGAUUCGGCACGGCCGCGGGCGGCGGGGGCCGCGAUCGGGGCAGCGGCGGCAGCGCCGGGGGAGGGCAGGGUGCGGGGAACCUCCGGGCCGCCCGUUCUGCACGUCCCGCCCGUGCCUCUGCCCCGCCCUGCUCUGCCGGGAACCCGCGGUGCGGAAUCUGCCGCCCCGAACCCGCCGCGCCGUGCGCGCGCCCGCGGGCCGGCGGAAAGAUGGCGUCCGUGUGGGAUGAGUCGGAGGACGGCGUCGGCGAGGAGGUGCUGAAGAUGUCCACGGAGGAGAUCGUGCAGCGCACCCGCCUCCUCGACAGCGAGAUCAAGAUCAUGAAGAGUGAGGUACUGAGAGUGACCCAUGAGCUCCAGGCCAUGAAAGACAAGAUCAAAGAGAACAGUGAGAAGAUCAAAGUGAAUAAAACCCUGCCAUAUCUUGUCUCCAAUGUUAUUGAGCUGCUGGAUGUUGACCCAAAUGACCAGGAGGAGGAUGGAGCAAACAUUGACCUGGAUUCUCAGAGAAAGGGCAAGUGUGCUGUGAUCAAGACCUCUACACGUCAGACGUAUUUCCUACCUGUUAUUGGGUUGGUUGAUGCUGAGAAGUUGAAGCCUGGAGAUCUGGUGGGAGUGAACAAAGACUCUUACUUGAUCCUGGAGACUCUGCCUACUGAGUAUGAUUCACGGGUGAAAGCCAUGGAGGUGGAUGAGAGGCCCACAGAGCAGUACAGUGACAUCGGGGGGCUGGAUAAACAAAUCCAAGAGCUCGUGGAGGCCAUUGUCCUGCCAAUGAAUCAUAAGGAGAAAUUUGAAAAUUUGGGUAUACAGCCACCCAAAGGAGUCCUUAUGUAUGGGCCUCCAGGAACAGGGAAGACACUUUUAGCUCGAGCAUGUGCUGCCCAGACCAAGGCCACGUUCCUGAAGCUGGCGGGUCCACAACUUGUGCAGAUGUUCAUCGGUGAUGGAGCGAAGCUAGUACGUGAUGCUUUUGCUCUCGCAAAGGAAAAAGCUCCUUCCAUCAUCUUUAUUGAUGAACUGGAUGCCAUUGGCACUAAAAGGUUUGAUAGUGAGAAAGCUGGUGACCGAGAGGUGCAGAGGACCAUGCUGGAGCUGCUUAAUCAACUUGAUGGUUUCCAGCCAAACACACAAGUCAAGGUGAUUGCUGCAACCAACCGGGUUGAUAUCUUGGACCCAGCUUUGCUCCGCUCUGGACGAUUAGAUCGGAAGAUUGAGUUUCCAAUGCCUAAUGAAGAGGCCAGAGCCAGAAUUAUGCAGAUUCAUUCACGCAAAAUGAACGUCAGCCCUGAUGUGAACUAUGAGGAACUGGCUCGCUGCACAGAUGAUUUUAAUGGAGCCCAGUGCAAGGCUGUGUGUGUUGAAGCGGGGAUGAUUGCCCUCCGCCGUGGAGCAACAGAGCUCACCCACGAGGACUACAUGGAAGGAAUCCUGGAGGUUCAAGCAAAGAAAAAAGCCAAUCUGCAGUACUAUGCCUGAUCCCUGCCUGGUCAAGGUUGAGGCCUUGGCAGAGGACAGGAGUAGACUGGACUGUAUCACUUACUUUCUGUCUGGAAAAAAUAAAGCAUUUUUUCCCUUUAAAAACAAAUCCGUGAUGUGUUGGAGCUGUCGCCCUUGCUCUACAAGGUGGUUCUGCAUCUGUGUCAGGAAGGCUAAAAGCCUCCUGUCCACAGUGCCCAUCAUGCUGCCUUUGGACCCUCCUUCAGCUAGAACUGGACUAAACCCAGCUCUGAUACUCCCUCAUGAGGACCAAGAGGCUACACUGCAGUAAGUGUACUGUGACAUUGAUGAUCUGCAGCUCAGACAGCAUCCCCGGUUCUUGCCUGUGCAGCCAGUGAACAGCCUACAGCCUUGUUAGACUUUGAAACUUUUGAACAUUAAUUUUGCAAGGGUGAACACAACUCACACAUGAAUUGAUGUUUUAACUUGGUCACUUGAAUUUAGCUCUUGAAACUUUAAGACUGUUGGUGGUAUAUGUAUGUGAGCUUUCUGGGGAAAUCAGACAUUAGUCAUAAGAACUCGAGGUUUCAUCCACUGAGCAAGUCUUUCAGUACUUUUAAUGCCAGUUGAGAAUUACAACUUCCAUUUAAAAAUUACACUUUUCAUAAAUACACUGACUUUAGCAUUAAAUAUCUUACAUGCCACUGUAUUGUAUUUUAAAUACAAUGUAAACAUCUCCAAA